AUGAAAGAUACUAAUGAGACCUUCUCUGUGAAAGAAUUUGUCUUACUGGGUUUCCCAAGCCUCAGUCACCUACAAGCCCUGCUGUUUCUGGUGUUCUGUGUCAUCUAUGUGAUGACCCUUAUAGAGAAUCUGGUCAUUAUUAUAAUUGUCUGGGCCAACCGGCAACUCCACACCCCCAUGUACUUCUUCCUCGCUAAUCUAUCAGUACUAGAGGCUCUCUACACCUCAGUCACCAUCCCCAAGAUGUUGGACAACUUCCUGACUGAGGAGAAGACCAUCUCCUUCGCUGGAUGCUUCACACAACUCUUUUUCUUCCUCUCCCUUGCCUCUUCUGAGUGCUUCCUGCUGGCAGCCAUGGCCUAUGACCGGUACUUGGCCAUCUGCCUCCCUCUGCGCUACCCAGUACUCAUGAACCCAACUCUCUGCCUGGGUCUGGCCCUAAGUGCCUGGCUUAGUGGCUUCCUGGCCUCUUUUGUGUCAAUUGUUCUCAUCUCCCAACUGAGCUUCUGUGGCCCCAAUGUACUCAACCAUUUCUUCUGUGACAUCUCUCCACUGCUGAAGCUCUCAUGCUCAAACACAGAAGCUAUUGAGACUCUGGACUUUGUGGCAGCUCUGUCUGUACUCAUGACUUCUCUAUUUGUGACAGCAUUCUCCUACACCUGCAUCCUGGCUACUGUCAUCAGGAUCCCAUCUGGGACAGGCCGCCGCAAGGCUUUCUCCACUUGUGCCUCCCACUUGGUUGUGGUCACUGUUUUUUACACUACCACUAUAUUUAUGUAUGCCCGGCCCCGGGCCAUCAGCACCUUUGACUUUAACAAGCUGGUGUCUAUAAUCUACUCAGUGGUGACACCACUCAUCAAUCCUAUCAUAUACUGCCUGAGGAACAGGGAAGUGUGGGAGGCCUUGGCCAAACUCACCAGGAUCUCGAGACUCUCUGUGGCUGCUCACUUCAGCUCCUCCAUAAGAGGGAAAUUCAUCUGA